GCUCGGCGCGCGGCGCCCGCAAUGGCGACGGCUGUAGUGGAGGCGCGGCUGCGGCGGAAGCAGCUGCUGAGCGCGGAGGAGGCCGAGCUGUUCGAGCUGGCUCAGGCGGCGGGCAGCGGGCUGGACCCGGAGGUGUUCCGGGUGCUGCUGGACCUGCUGCGCAUGAACGUGGCGCCGCUCGCCGUCUUCCAGGUGCUCAAGUCGAUGUGUGCGGGGCAGCGGCUGCCGCCGGGACACGAGGGUCCCCCCGCCGCGGCGCCGAUCACCACUGCCGACAGCCGAGGGAGAAAUAAAAGCACUUCUGCUGUCAGCGGGACCCAGGUUCUUGCAGAGAGGAGCAGCCGGGAAGGAUCUGCCCAGAGGAUGCCUCGGCAGCCAAGCGCGAGCCGUAUGCAGAAGACAGGAGCUUCUGGAAGGAGCAGUGGAGGAGGCAACAGUACCUAAACAAGACCUUGGAGCCGAUGUGUUUUGAUGCUUGAUGAUGUACAUAAACUGUGCGUGUUAAAUCCUUCCUUGUGUGUAUGACCCCAACAAACAUGAUUUGU